GGCUCGGACUCGCUCCACCCCAGUUCGCCCUGUCUCCUAUCCAGACGGGGUGUUCAUCUAGUUACGGCUUGCUGCAGUAGGCUUUACCAUACAUAUCAAUUACCCGUCUCCUCUUCCCCUUUCGUCAGCAGCAUCUGUCGACAGCGGACCGCUUUCAUUCUGCAACUUUUCCUUUGGGCCCGACCUCGUUCGCAUUCUCCUCUGAGUCGACACUCUGUUCAACAUGGACCACUUCAAUGCCACAGUCUUCGACGGGCACAUGGUGGCCACGAGAAGAGGUUUCCAGGUCACAAAGCAGAAGCACCACGGCCUCGCCUUUGUCAACACCAGCGCACAACAUACUCCAGCCCCAAGCAAACAGAGCAAGAAGGCUGCGCCCGUGUCGCUUCCCCUCCCCAAGGCACCCCUCAUAUUCAUCACAAAUGAGGAGGACGAGAAGAAACAUACGGCUCGAUUACGUAAGGAGAGAAAUUCCAGGCCAAAGAGCCAGGCGCCAGCCUGCACUUCCAGCACCAGGUCAAGUACACCAAAGCGACGUUCGCAAUGUAGCCGACUCCACUCACCGAGCUCUGUCUCGUCUGCGUCGUCUCGACUCUCGUCACGCGGAUCUUUCUCAUCAGCAGACGAUGCCUCGGACACAUCAACGGAUCGGUCGUCAAAUCCAGACACGGAGCAUUACCCUGCUCCCUUGCCGGCUUGGGCAAAGUACAAGCAGCCGCAGACUCUCCACGGAUCUUACAGAAAACUGCUCUUCAUGUGCCAUGCUUUCCCGCCCAAUCAUAGCAACCCGCUCGCAAGCAUAGACGGCGCGAGUCCCUCGUUGUCACCCGAGAACUUUAUCUGUGCGGCCCAGGAUCCCACUGCCAUUCACUGUGGCAUCACACUUGGUACUUUGUACGACGCUGUCUGCUCAGGCAACAGGUCUAGCCCAUAUCUUGACACACUGACCUUGCAACUGUGCUCCAUAAUCAACCGGAGACUCAAUAAGGGAGAACAAGCCAGCGAAAGUCGGAGUAAGACUGUCCAUGCUGUGGCCACCCUUGCAAUCCUUGCAAGUUAUGCGAGGAAAUGGGACCACUGGGACGUGCAUAUGAAGGGUCUUUUGCACCUGUUGAACCUGGGUGGUGCACAGCAUGAACUGGACAUGCAUACUAUCUCGACGAUAAGAAAAGCCGACUUUUGUGGCGCUGUGGCCGCAGCGACCAGCCCAUACAUCCCUUUCAUACGGCGUCACGUUCCUCUCAGAUACCCCAACCACGUGUUCGACCAUGACGCAGUAACGGGCCGCCUAGUACGGCAUUUGAGCUCUAUAGGUCUCGAGACCGACCUAAUCACGACGAUCGCCGAUGUCGCUGCACUCAACAAGUGUUUGACCUUAUCCACGGCCACGAAGGACACAUUUGCGUUCGAUUCGGAAGCCGCGCUUGAACAUUACUAUAACCUCGGCUACAAGCUCCUGUCCACCGGGGGGCCUCUGCGGUUCUUGGAUGGCAGCAGCAGCACGCUUCCGCCCAGAGAGCACAGCAUCAUGAUCUCAUUCCAGCAGUACAUAACAUCCAUAAAGUGUGCAAUACGGAUCAUCGUGCUGGUCUACCUCCAAAAUCCGGCGUUCGACCUAGCCAACGACGAGGGCAGCCUAUUUGAGCUGCUCCAUCUCCACCUUGCCGCUGUCCUGUCCUACCUGCGCUCACAACAGUCCAGCCAUUUGGACCAGGACCCGUUCAACUUUCUAGUCGACCCCACCAUCCGUGACAGCCACGGAGCCUCCCUAGAGGCCCAUCGCCCAGUGCUGCUCUGGCUCUGUCUAGCCGGCCACAUCCUGCAGCGUAACUCUGAAGUCACCCGCGCAGGCUCAGAAGGCAAGGUGGAGAUGGAGCUGAUGGGCAAGCAGUCCAUUUACAAAGACCUGCUGCAAGAAGUCCUGGGCCCAGUCGCUGCUGUUGACCCGGGCCUGGUGUCCGACUACGAACUCGAGGUCUGCAAGUGCCUGGACCUCCGGGUCGUGCUCGACCCGAGCCAUCCGAUGGCACAAGAAGGGGGGGAUGAAAGAGGUCUGAUGAGGUUCAUGCUGGGUGUGUUCAAGUUGGAGUAUAGCUUGUCAUGACCGGCAGAAGGCUCGUAUAUAGCAUUAGUCAGCAUAUAAUCUCGAAGGAUCAGCUUAUGCUGACAUUUGGCUGAAGAUUUGUGCCUACAACUGACAAGGAUAUGGAUGACUCAAUCAUGUACUGUUCCACAAUAUUCUCACA